AUAAAAGAUUUUAUAGCAAAAGACAGAGAAUUAUUUUUACAAGUUUUGAAAACAGAUAUUCCAUUACAAAUAUUAGUAGAUAAUGUAAAAAACGAUACUUUUUGGAAAAGGUGUUAUUAUUCAAAAUGGUCCGAAUAUCCUGUAGAUGACAAUAACAAACCUUGGAUAAAUAUUUAUAUGGAACGUCAUUACGCAGAUAUUUUAGAAAACCUUAAUCCACGUCACUAUGAUCCUGAAAAGGUAAAAAAUGUGGUAAAACUUUGUGGGCCUUAUAUAAAAACGUUAUCUAUAAGAAGUUUAGUACCUGCCGAUAUUCCAGAUAAACGAAAUUAUUCACCAGAAAUGGCAGGUUUAAUAACUGGCCAAAGAGAAAGUGUGAGCAAGUUACCAGCUCUAAAUAGCGAAAGUACAAUACGAGAUCAUGUGUCUCUACAUGCUGCAUUGGGUAGUUUAACUAAUUUAAGUGAACUACAUAUAACAUUUCAAUUACGUUUUAUUGGGGUUGAAUACCGAAGAGACCAGUUUCAAUUUACAAAUAAUGAUGCAAAAAACCUAGCACGUGGAUUGCAGAACUGCGAUCAAUUAAAAGUGCUUCGAAUCACCAGAAGUGAUAUGAAUUGCCAAAGGGUAAAAUAUAUUCUGCGUGGAUUAUUGGAUAAUAAAAAAAUUGAAACUUUAGAUUUCAGUCAUUGCAAAAUAGGCGAUGAUGGCGCAUCGUCCAUUGCAAAAUUCAUUUCAAAAAAAGAAAAAUUACGAAAUCUUAUAUUAACUGAUAACAUAUUUGGUCCCAUCGGAAUUGAAAAUAUAUCACAUGUACUUAACCAUACAAGUUGUGGUAUACGUACGUUAGAUUUAAGAUUAAAUAAUAGACUCGGUUCAGAAGGAAUUGCCCAUGUAGCAGUUGCAUUAGCAAGAGGAUGUAAUCUGACAACCUUAAAUAUUUCUGGUUGUGGAAUAACGUCUACACCAUUACAAAAACCUCCAGCAGGUGUUUGGUCUGCUAUGAAUGCCGAAAAUCCACCAACAUGCGGAGAUCUUUUAGCAAGAGCGAUAGGAUUAGUAAAAACUCCCUUAAGGUCCCUAGAUAUUAGUGUUAACGACAUUGGAUCGCCCAGUGAUAGUAUCUUAUCGAAUGCAAUCUGUUUAAGUUAUUUAAUAGAUAUAAACUUAAAACGAUCUGGUAUGGGAUCAAUGGCUUUGGCGAUUGCCGAAUCAGCCGCAGCAGCUCAAAGAUUGAGAAGAGAAUCUGAAAAGGGUAUACGAUUUAGAAGAAGCGCAGGUAGAUUAUUGCAGGCAAGACGAGUUGUUAAGGGCAUGAAUAUGGAAGCAGAUCCACUGUUAUUAGCUCAACAGUUAUCAGCAAGACCUUCAAUCGUAUCUGUUGCAUCCGAGGAAGGAAUUUUUAGUAUUCAAACACAGCCUCUACCCAUGGAGUUUGGUUUUGUUCCAUCUCUUAAGAGCCCAUUACCAUCUUCACAUAAUUCAUCUAACCCGCCAACAUCCAGAAGAUCAAGUCAUCAUGUUAUUUUGGAACCUGUCCAGGAAAUCUUACGAGCCACACUAGUACGUCGCAGAUCAGAUGGCUCACUUCUUCAACCACGCUGUGAUAAUUCAGAACGACAUAUUAAAAUUUGUGUUUCUAAUGAUACUUCCGAUAUUUUAUAA